AUGGAGAGCUUCCAGACACGAUUUAGUGCCUGGACACCUUUUAGCAACAUGUCUUUAAAUAGACAGCUCUUUCAGGAAAGAGUUGGCCUCAUAAGUCACUGGUUUGACCUCUGGACUAAUAAGCAACGCCAAGAAUUCUUAUUCACGAUUUUGUUACGGUGCUCUAAGUCACAAUUAAGGUUUGUCCAAGACUGGUUUUCACAAAGGAUGCAAGUGAACAAAGUGGAUUUCUCUACAGUGUUACCACGCUUCAUCUCUCUCUAUAUUUUUUCCUUUCUCAAUCCAAAAGAUUUGUGUGCAGCUGCACAAGUCAGCUGGCCCUGGAAGUUCCUGACUGAACAGGAUUGCUUAUGGAGACCCAAAUGCAUGAAGUUUGGCUGGUAUCUGCCCUAUAUGCCAACAGACAAUGAGUAUGGUGCUUGGAAGCACCAUUACAUUGCGUGUGUGUCCCAUUUAGACUGGCUAACACCAAGGGAAGCCACUGCUAUCUAUGGAACCCUGAAUGAACCCAAAGCAGGAGAUGAUGAGCUGCAGGAAAGACAACGAGAAAAGUGUCUAAGAAAAAUGACUUGGGAGAAAAUUGCACUAAACAAAAAGGAGUUAUUCAAAGCUCGACCCCCGUGGGUGAGUGGAACAUGCUGCUCUAGAUUGUUGAAAUCCAAAUGCCAACCACGACUCUCCCAGACUGUGAGGGAUCGAGUGGGAUUACACAAAGCUUUGGAGAAACAGCUUGUUUUGGCAUCCUUAGAAGCUUUGCCCAAGCGAAAUAAUAUUUCUGGAAGACAUUCCUACCCUUUAUUAUCAAAGAAAUAUUGGUAUAGAGUUCAUAAAAAUUAUGACUGCUCUUCAGAUGCUUUCCAGCCGCACUGCAUAUUAAUAUCAUCUCGGAUUCCUGCAUACGAGAUGGUUGUGGACAGCGUGAAGACGGACGUCAUUUCUGUGGUCUAUGAGCACUGUGGGAUAACCUUGGAGAGCCUGCUUUCUCUUAUAGAAAAAGCUCUGAAUGGGAGGAAGGCACAGAGCAUGGGGAUAUUUAGCACUGGAGAUAGCAGAGAAAUCGAUUUACUGCAAGGUUAUAAAAUUGGUCUUCAAAAUUUACUGUGUCCUGAAGUGAGAGACUUCUGGGAGAAAUUAGGAAGCUUUGUGGCCACUGGAGAAGAAGGGGGUCAUGUGGCCCUUUUUGUGCCACUUGCAGCAUCAGAGGCAGGAAUGGACGUUCUUUCUCAGCUGUCUCAACUAACUGGCACAUUGUUUACGGCCCCCACUGGGAUUGCAACCGGCUCCUACCAACACAUUCUUAGUGAUUGGCUCAGCCAGCAGCAGGAUAAGAUUCCUCUCUCCAUCUACUUCAUUGAAUCAAAGCUACAGACCUGGUGCAACCUCACAGACUUCCUGGAAGACACCUUGAAAUCGGUAAGGAGACAGUUAAGUCCUUUCUUCAAGGACCUGAAGAAGAGCAUCAGUGGCCGGAUGAUAGGACAAUUUAUGUUUGACACAUUGAGUACAGUCAACAUCUUGAGCAACCAAGGAAUUGCACAAGCUCUGGCAGAUGGACUGAUGGAGCUGUCAAAAGAAAAUUCUGAAAUAAACAACAUAGAAGACAAUUCUCAGGACACAAAAUGGAGUCUCGGAAAAAGGCAUCUUAACUUUGAGGUGCUCAUUAAGCUGGAGAGAAAACUCCAGAUGGAGUCAGCAGAAAAGCGAACUCAAGUUGUCAGGGAGCUCCUACAGAGUGAGAGGAAAUACGUCCAGAUGUUGGAAAUUGUGAGAGAUGUUUAUGUAACGCCACUGAAAGCAGCAUUGUCAUCAAACAGAGCAAUUCUGAGUGCUGCAAAUAUCCAGAUCAUUUUCUGUGAUAUCCUAUGGAUUUUAAGCCUCAACAGACAGUUUCUAGAUAACCUGAAAGACAGGCUACAGGAAUGGUGCCCAGCCCAGUGUGUAGGGGACAUCUUCAUAAAGUUUGGAAGCCAGUUGAACACAUACACCAAUUUCUUCAACAAUUACUCUGUUGUUCUGAAGACCAUUGAGAAGUGCAGAGAAAUGAUACCAGCGUUCCGAAGUUUCCUGAAGAGACACGAGAAGACUAUUAUUACGAAAAUGCUGAGCCUGCCAGAGCUGCUUCUGUACCCCUCCCGAAGAUUUGAAGAAUAUAUUCAUCUUCUCUAUGCUCUGAGGUGUCACACUCCUGCAGAACAUGUUGACCGUGGGGAUCUGACCACUGCGAUUGCCCAAAUCAAGCAGUAUAAAGAUUAUAUAGAUCAGGUGAAGCAAAAUGCCAUUAGGAAAGACCAGCUGUCAGACAUACAGAAAAUCAUUGGGGGCUGCCCUAGUCUAUCAGAAGUAAACAGAUAUCUGAUUAGAGUUCAAGAUGUAGCUCAACUUCACUGCUCCGAUGACGAAAUCAUUUUCUCUUUAAGGCUGUAUGAACAUGUCCAUGACCUCAGCCUUUUCCUCUUCAACGACGUGCUGCUGGUUUCCAGGCGGCAUACAUCACAUAUUCCAUUUGAAAGGACAUCAAAAACCACCUACCAGUUCAUUGCAUCGGUGGCUCUGCCUCGGUUACUUGUAGAAGAUGUUCCAGAUUCCAAAUAUAUCAAGAAUUCCUUUGUUCUUCAAGGUCCAAGACAUGAAUGGAUUUGUGCUACAGAAGUUGAGGAUGACAAAUUUCUCUGGUUGUCAGUACUCCAAAACGCAAUUAGAAGUAGUCUGAAGAAGUGA